CUCUUUCUCUCUUCGUCUCUUUAUCUCGAUCCGUCUCCUCUUCCUCUCGACCCAGUGGCGUAAAGGGAAAAGAGCUCUUCUCACCGUCUCUCGUAGCAGUGCCUCGAAACUUUUGCUUUCUCUCGGUAUAACGUCGCGCAUAUGUAGGCGCGAAAUGCUGAGAAUUUUCUUUUUCCUCUUUUCGUUUUCCUAUGGGAGCCGCGUGGCGACACUGGUUACUCAUCUCCGGUGUAAAGAAGAACAAGAUAUAUUUUUUAUCUCGAGGUAGCUUCGGAACUUUCGCUUUCUUUCGACAUAACGUGGCGCGCUAUUUGUGCUUACGUAUGUAGCUUACGGCAGAGAACUUUUUUCUUUUCUUUUUUUAUACAAGCUGUCCUGUCUAUUACUAAUUUGUAAGAUUUAUUCUUUUCAAAAUCCUUGGUUUUUUAUUAUAACACACGGUAUCUUAUUCUUAAACUUAAACUCCUAAAAUAUAUAAUCCAAGACAAUGUUUAUCAAAUUCCGAAACUUUAAUUUUCUCCAAUAUCUCUUCGCGAUAGUCUCCGCAAAUGUUGAACUUAUCUUUUUCUCGCUUAGUACGAUUCCGACCAACAAAUUUCAGCGAGACCGCCAGACGCACAGGUGGAUUUAAGUAAUAAAACUUUCUGGUCCAAACUCGAUUUUUAAAAGGCGGCUUGCUAUUGAAUUUUCGCGAGAGUACGGAAACUCGGGGAUUCCCAGGGAGACCACCAUCGCGCCGCGGCGUUUCAACGCGAGAUAUGUGCGAGAAAGAGAGAGAGAGAGAGAGAGAUAUAUAUAUCUCUCGUUUAGGAAGGAAGAACUUUGGCGAUUCUCUCGUGCACGUCCGGCAUGUUUUCCUACGCCCAUGGACCACACGAGCACGGCCCUAUGCUCGCGGCAGAAACUCAGACAACAUCGUGUGCACUCGCGUACGAUCUGUACGAUCGCACCAACGCGAUCGAUGCGCGGCGUCCACUCCCGGCUGGAUUACAUAUCAAACAUGUAGGCAGCGUUUCCGCAGAUCGCGAAUUCGCGAUAAUUACUUGUCUCUCUCUCUCUCUCGUUUACUCAGGUCGGAGAAAAAAUCUAGAUAGGUGGACGAUAUGCAGACGAUGGGGUGAGACACACGGAAACAGGUGGCGGGCUCUCGAAAGCAUCCACUCACGCGUCGAUCAAUCGGGCGAUAAAAACAACGGGAGGCAUCGACGACAACGACAACGCGACAAUGAUGAUGGCGAUAACGACGUUUUCCCUCUUUGCCGCCUCGCGAACGAUGGCUAUUAAUACUUGAUUGCACGUUCAACUGCGACGUAUACCCUUAAGCCACGCGGUGCGAAAGCUAACGCGAUAAACGCUGACGCCGACCCUUCGCCGCGCGAAUCGAGAUAAUAAACGCUACUCUGUGUCGAGGAUUCUUUUGGGAUUAGAGCAUGUCUCCUCAAGGCCGGGCCCCCUUCUUUUGUCCCUCUUUUGAUGCCGAAAUCAUUCCUUCGAUAGUGAUUACGACGAUAUUGAUUUUCUUAUAUAAACGAGUGGCCUCCACAUGUUAUUGUCCUACAUGUCUCGAGAUAUAAUUAAGCGCUUUACGUAGUGAGCAAAAAAAAAAAAAAAGUAGAUUAGAUACAAAGCAAUUUAUAUAUUAAACUUGUAGUCAAGUCUGCUAUGAAAAGUCGUAUUAUUAGUUAGCUACGUAGAUUCGCAUGUAAAUAAACAACGGUGAGAACUCGCAGAACUUUUUCUAAUCGGGCUCUCCUCCUUUUUCUCUUUUUCAGUGUCCGACAGCUACAACAAUUACAUAAACAUGUACGGCGGAGGUGGACAGUUUGCGACCCCCUGUACCCCAAGCCCGCCGCGGGGACCCGGCGGCGUGCCCACCAGCGUGAUUCAGGCGGCUACUAGCUCGGUCUCGGACGAUCUCUACCUUCUCGAGCUCGGGUUUCCGUCGCGCUCGAAGAAGAGCAAGCUGAAGAAGCCGCGACAGGGCGGCGAGGGCGGCGCCGCGGUGAAGCGGAAGUCGCGCGAGGGCUCGACCACGUACCUGUGGGAGUUCCUGCUCAAGCUGCUGCAGGACCACGAGUACUGUCCGCGCUACAUCAAGUGGACGAAUCGCGAGCGGGGCGUCUUCAAGCUGGUCGACAGCAAGGCGGUCUCACGGCUCUGGGGCAUACACAAGAACAAGCCGGACAUGAACUACGAGACGAUGGGCAGGGCACUGCGCUACUACUACCAGCGCGGCAUCCUGGCGAAGGUGGACGGCCAGCGGCUGGUCUAUCAGUUCGUCGACGUGCCGAAGGACAUCGUCGAGAUCGACUGUACGGGCGCAUGAGACAGGGAGUCGGCCCGUCCCUCGGCGGGGCACGAGAGGGAGAGAAAGGAGGAACGGCAGAAGCAGCAGCACGGCAUUUCGCCGCGAGUCUCACGCGGACGUCGGCCGUCGUCGUUAUCAUUGCCGUCGUUGAUGCAGCGCUGUCGCGAACCCGUCGCGGGGUCUCAUCCGCGCGAAAGGUCGUCGUUCAGCGGUUUUCUCCAUCGAGACGCGCCGACCUGGCACACCCCUCAGAUGUUGUAAAACGCGUUCAACUUUUCUCCUUUUCUUUUCUCUCCCUCUGUCUCUUCCCGUCUGUAUCUCCUUACCUGCUCCUCUAUCCCUCUCUAUCUCUCUAUUUCCAUCUUUCAUUCUGGCUUCGUUUGUUCCUUGUAUUAUACCUAUGUAAAUGUAUAUUAAGGCGCCGCAUGACGAUGUCGUCGGAGGUGGUCCCGACCCAGUACCUCGUCCUUCUCCUGCGGCCCGUUUCUUUUUCGCGUGUCCAAAUGCCGCGUAGGAUCGGGACAGGACGGCGCUCGACUCGUUGAAAUUUGUACAAAAUUUAGUUCUUAACGUAUCGAGAAAGGAAACUAAAGAUUCUAUUUGGUGUACCUUACGGGAGGGACGCCGUGGACAAAUUACUUAAGUCGGAAAGCGAAAAGUUGUAUAUUCGAAAGAGCGAAACAAAUUAUUUAUUGUAUAUUAGACAUUUAUAUAUGUUAUCUAAGAAAAUUGUUACGCGCGUGAUCCGCGCAGAUGGAAAACUUAUGGAAACGGACGAAAGUUACACAAAAAAAAAAAAUGAAACGAAAUGAGGGCUGUGAAAAGGUUUACGAUACGGAGAGGAGAGGAGAGGAGACGAGAUGUGUAGUGGAACGGGAAAGGAUGAGAAGCGUCUCUCGAAGUUUCACGGAGUGAGCUCAGGGAGGGGUGCACAUUAUAUUUUUUUAAGUAUAAGUGGAAGGGAUUGGCCCUUUUCUGAUUCGUGAACUGAGGGUUCAACAACGCAAGGUGCUGGCUAAUAUACAUGCAGACACACACACACACACACACACACACAAACACACACACACACACACACACACACACAUUCGCACACCGAGGUCCAAGAAAAUUAUUAUUUAGCAACCUAGUGUUACUAAUUCGUAAAGAUUAUCGAUGCGGACGAUUAUAUCUCUCUGUAUAUAAAUAUAAAGAAUACCUUUAGUAAAAAAAUAUAUAUAUAUUAUUGAAUAUUAUAUAUAUAUUAUAUAAAUAUAUCUAUUGUAUGUUAUGUAGUAAAAAUGGAGCGAUUUGAUGUAUCUUUAUGAGAUUUUGGCGUCACGGCGACACACGCGUAGGGCGCUUUCAAUCUCGCGCGACGUCUCUCUUUCGAAACUUUCUAUAUUAUUUAGUUCGUUCUUAUAUAUAUUAUAUAUCGAGGACGAAUUUUGUACGUUCGAGAGCGCCGAUUUCGCGCUCGAGCCUUCUAAAGUCGCAGUCAUAACGCACAUAUAUUAUACACGUGUAUUGCUGGUCUCGUAUGCUCAGACUGAUCGGAGACGUCGCACGUACAACACAGAGAAGCCCGCCCGACGCACGGGAAGCGUAAUAAAUAAAAUGUGUAACUUUAGAAUAAAAUUUAACUUAUUGGCGCCCCGGGACGCGUGACGCGCGCGAGUGCAAGUGUAUCCUAUAACUCUAAGUUUUGUACAUAAAGAGGAAAUCGUCAAAAAUAUUAUUUACGUUUAGGAAGAACGUAAUGCUGGUUAUCUUCGCGAAAAUUAUAUCCGCGGAAGAAAGUGAGAAACAACAGAUGGAAGGUAGAAGAAAAACAAAUGGAUGAGGAGCGUUUAGCUAGAUGAUGCGCGACUACGCGGCCGAUUGCGAUGCGCGUAAACAGGCUGAUUUGUCGCAUUACAGCCUCGGGAUAAAUACCGGAGAAAAAACGAAAUAUAUAUACAGUACAUUUGAACAGUGAUCCAGUGCUGCCAAUAAUGCCUGUAAACGGUCCCUUUGCACUUGUUCGAUUCGAUGCUCUUCGAGUCGAGCUACGCACGGUGCUGGUCAGAUCGAUCCGAUGUUUUUGGGACACACAGAUAUACCGAUGAUACAAAGCAAAUUGCCUUCUCGUAUUAACAAAGACGUGUUGCCUUCUAACAAAAAAAAGAUGCAUAUAAAAGUUCUAGCGAUUUGUAUCGUAAAUGCCGUCACUUUGUCCAGGUACUUAAAAGCCCUUUACAUAUAAAGUCCUAACACAUCGUUUUUUGUGACGAAUUGAAUUUUGUAAUUUUAUCAGCGAAAAGUUCUUUGGUACGUGGUGACUUUUAUCGUACUUCGAAUACAAUGUAUCGGCGGGAAAUAGUAAUAAUAUUAAUAAUAUUAAUAAUGCUAAAAAAAGGAAAAUAUAUCAGAGUACAAUGGACAAAAGUACCUAUAGUAUACCACUUCUAUACAUGAUAACGGACACUUAUAAACAAUGAAUGGACACUACAACAGAAAUCCUAUUUUUAGGUAAAUUAAAUUUACAUAUACAUAACAAUCCACUACACUACGAGAUAUUUUAACAAAUAAGACUUUACUAUAAUAGAGAUAAAUACAUAAUUAUUUACCUGUAAAAUAUAUGAAAACACGAUGGAUUGACGUAAGGAACUCUAAUGUAACGUUCUGUGAUUCGUUGUUUGUAGGUGAAAUUUAAUAAAAGAUUAUUGUAUCAUAAUAUA